AGCGCAAAACAACCCUCUAAUCCGACACCAUCACCAAAAAUACCCCCCCAACCGCCAAAAUGUCCUUCCUAGGCCUCGGCCGUCCGCAGCCCACCUCCGCCGAGAAGAUCGCAGCGGUCGAGAACGAGCUCAAGGUGAUUGCCGAGAUGCACACACGGAUGCUCAAAGUCUGCACGUCCAAGUGCGUGGACAAGUCGUACCGCGAGGCCGACCUCUCCAAGGGCGAGGCCGUGUGCCUGGACCGGUGCUCGGCCAAGUUCUUUGAGGCGCACACGACCAUCUCGGAGCAGCUGCAGAAGGAGGGCGCGGCGCGCGGGUUCGGCGGCGGGGGGAUGUAAACUCUGUCACCCUGCCGAUUGGGUCGCUGGGGCUGGGGCUGGGUGGGAAUGGAUGGGGAUGGAUGGAUGAUACAUAUACAGGCUUCUGAUCCUGGGUGGAGGGCAGAGUAGAACCAGUGCCUGGUCGUUUGAUUGGGUUUACCCUCCUUUUUUGGAGGCUGGCCUGGUGGAGGUGGAUGGAUUUGCCGAGUCGAGUCGAGCGUGUACGGAUAUGGGACGGGACAGGACGGGACGGGACGGGGCAUGGAGCUAUGAUAUCUCUGUUGUUUUGGGCAGUUUUACUGGUUCUGGCUGGCGGGUACCUAGAUGGUCUGCGGACCGAUGACGAUGGCCGGGUCUGCGGUUUGGGCUACGGCGUGUACAAUAGAACCGACUGAACACGGGAGGAGUAACUAGAGGUCCGGUGAGACCACGGAUGGGGCGGGAUUGUAACCAUGGCAUCU